CAGGCCCGCUUGUCGCUGGGGCUCGUCGGCAAGGGCGCGCCCGGAGCCCGCUAUCCCUCGCGGGAGGGGCUUGUGAUCACCAUGGCUGCAGUGGAUCGUUUCUACCUCUUGUACAGAGAGAUCAGUCGUUCCUGCAAUUUUUACAUAGAGGCCCUGGCUAUAGUUGGAGCUUGGUACACAGUCAGAAAGUGUGUCUCUCUCGCGUUUGACACUUACAGCAUGCUUAGGUUGCAUUUAAUUCCAAAGCUGAGCGGCGAGGUUGAUCUUGUCAAGCAGUACGGAAAAUGGGCAGUGGUCACUGGUAGCACAGAUGGUAUCGGAAAGGCAUAUGCUGAAGAACUGGCAAAGCGUGGUGUCAACAUCAUCUUAAUCAGCCGAAACAAAGAGAAGCUGGAGGCUGUAUCUAGAAGCAUAUCUGAAACCUAUAAAGUGGAAACAGAUUUCAUAGUAGCUGACUUCAGCAAGGGGCGUGAGCCUUACCCAGCCAUUAAGGAUGCUCUGAAAGACAGAGAAAUUGGCAUUUUGGUGAAUAAUGUAGGAAUAUUUUAUCCCUACCCAGACUAUUUUACCAACCUCUCUGAGGAUAUGCUGUGGGACAUGAUCAACAUAAAUAUUGCUUCUGCUAACAUGAUGAUACAUAUUGUGCUGCCGGGCAUGGUAGAGAAGAAGAAAGGGGCAAUUGUGAAUGUUUCUUCUGCAUCCUGUUGUCAGCCGACACCAAUGUUGACAAUCUACGGAGCCUCUAAAACCUACUUGGACUAUUUCAGUAGAGCACUACAUUAUGAGUAUGCCUCAAAAGGAAUUUUUGUUCAGAGUUUAACCCCAUUCAUAAUUGCUACAAAAAUGGUAGCAUGCAGCAGCGUUGCAUCAGAGAGAUCUUUCUUUUUUCCUUCUGCUGAAGACUAUGCAAGUUAUGCUAUUUCUACUCUUGGGUUAUCCACAAGGACUACUGGUUACUGGAAGCAUGCAAUAAAGUUCACGCUGGGUGAGCGCCUACCUGAAUGGAUCUGGGCACGGUUUGCAAUGUAUUUUUUCAGAAUUGUACGCAAGGAAGCUUUAACAUGCAAAGUGAAAUAGGAAUAUCCAUGUCCUGCAUAACGAGUACUAUAUUCUGAUCAGAGUGCUGCAAAAAUGUUUAGUGAACCUUGGUGGACUUACUGUAACUUAUCCAUACCUUGCUAAACAAGCUACGUGUAACCUAGACAUCAGAAGUCUGGAUCCUCUCUGUAUCCUUGUAUUAAAUAGCUCCUCCGCUGCU